UAUUAUUGGUUUUCACGGUUACAACCGAGCCCAUUUCAUCAAGACACACAAGCGCACAAAAGACACAUGAUACAUGCGAGAGUGUGAGACGGUUUUGAGUGCACACCGCGACUGCAGUUCAGUUCACCGUUGUUUUGUGUCGAUCGAUUUCAUACAAACACACACACUCUGUUUCCGUAUCCUCAGUGCCUCCGAGUCAUUUCAAACGAUGUUCUCAACCGAACUGGAUGCAUUACCACCUGUUGUACUGCGAAUAUAGGCGAUUUUACACUAAACAGAAACAAAACUAGUUCAAUUUGAAAAAUAAUUUAAUUACCAAAUAAAGAAAGAAUUUAAUUUCUACAAAAAAAGAAAAUCUUUCACAUCGAAUCGAUUAAAAGCAAAGUUUUUUCAUCCGAUUUUUCCGUUAAUUUCCGCGAAGAGACUCGUUUGAUUAAAAUAAAUGUGAAUCAUUCAGUGUCGGUGUGUGGUUCCAGUUUUCGAGCACUUAUCGACUCGUCGAUCGAAUUGAAUCCGAGUGUUUUGAGUGUUGUUGCAUACAAAAAGGAUCGAGACUCAUCUCCGAAAUAUCAUAUAAUUCAUAUAGAAACGAUUUCGUUGCGUGAAUUUCGAUCCAUCCCUGUGCCACAGUACAAAUAUGUGUACGUUUGAGUGUUGAAGAAGUGUUGUUGUGUAAAUUCAAAAAUUUAGAACAAGAAACGAAAAGAGCAGCAAAAAAGCGAUCAAUUCGCGGUUCACGGACAGUGUUUCGACGCUGUCGCCCGUGUUCCACACGUGAAUUGGUGUGUUCGAAGUGCAAUUUGCCUUCGGUCAACGGAAGAUGAACAUUUUUUGGGUUUGUCGGACAAAAUUAUAGCUGAUUAUGAAUUUUCUAUGCGGAUGUUUGGCAUUACUACUUUGCAUCCACGCUGCCGCAGCCUUCUUAGGAACUGGAUUACUGGAUAUAAACCUUUUCAAAUGCAUGCGACGAAAAUCGUACUCAUGUCCACACGAAGAUAUCGAUUUCAUACUACAUACACCAAAAAUUCCCGAUGGAAGAUACGUGGAUGUGCGAAAGCCGUCAACAUUUUCAAAUUUCCGGCCAUUCGAAGAGACCGUAUUCAUCGUGCAUGGAUUCAAUGGCACUGCACGGGAUAAGCAUAUGCGAUACUUGAAAGAUGCAUAUUUGUCGAGACGUUUUAAUGUGGUUUUAGUUGAUUGGAAAAAACUUACAUACUAUCCAUGCUAUUUUUCCGCAUUAGGCAAUACAAAAUUGGUGGCCCAGUGCACAGCGCAGGUGUACGCGUAUUUAACCUACAGAGGCUCAGAUAAUUCGCAAAUGACAUGCGUCGGUCAUUCGCUUGGUGCUCACAUUUGUGGAAUGGUUUCAAACCAUUUAACAUCGAAACAGCAUAAAAUUAUCGGUUUGGAUCCAGCGCGACCACUGAUCGAACGGCAUGCCUCGCACACCUAUCGAUUAACACGGGACGAUGCGAAUGUUGUGCAAAUAAUUCACACAAACGCCGGAACACUGGGCCAACAAUCACUCACCGGGUCGCUGGACUUGUGCAUUAACGGAGGAAGCUUACAACCAUUUUGUCGUCGCGGUCUACGAUUAAAUCGGAACCGUUGUAGCCAUUUCUUAAGUGUAUGUUACUUAGCGAAUGCAAUAUUCAAGCAUAAAUUGUUCCCAUACAAAUCAUGCCCAAGCGGUUGCGUCCAAAACAAUUCACCAUUGUUUGGCUUGGCCAAAUACUCAUUUAAACCAAUUCAAUACUCUAGUCUGAUCAAAUUGAUGCACAUCGGACAAGAUGUACCUGAAGAAACGACCGGCACUUACUGCGUUCAAGUAGAUUUUGCCAAACAUUGUCCUUUCAACGAAGAUGAUUGAGAUGGAUUAAGAAGAGAAACUCUGUUGUAUUUUGUUUGAUUUUUUUUAGAAAAAAAAGUUUGUUCUACGAUUAAAUGCUACUUAAUAAAUAAGCGUCGAUAAUAAAUAAAG